GAAAAAAGAGCAGAGAAAAUAGAAAAUAUGGAAUUAGUGGAAAAUAUAGCAGCUAAUACUAAUAUUAAAGCUGAAGAUGAAGAAGAAAUGAUGCAACUUCCAGGUUUUCGGUUUCAUCCUACAGAUGAAGAGCUUGUGAGUUUUUAUCUUAAACGCAAAGUGGAAAACAAAAAGAUCAAAAUCGAUCUUAUCAAAGAGGUUGAUAUCUACAAACAUGAUCCUUGGGAUCUUCCAAAAGGGAACACAGUGGGGGAUAAUUGUAAGGAAUGGUAUUUCUUCAGCAUGAGAGGGAGAAAGUACAGAAACAGUGUAAGACCAAAUAGAGUAACAGGUUCUGGUUUUUGGAAAGCAACAGGAAUUGACAAGCCUAUUUAUAGUAGUACUACUACUACAUCACAAAGUACAGAUCGUGAAUGCAUUGGCCUCAAGAAAUCAUUAGUAUAUUAUAGGGGAAGUGCUGGCAAAGGAACAAAAACUGAUUGGAUGAUGCAUGAGUUUCGCCUCCCACCAAAUUGGAAGACUUCAAACCAACAGCUGCCCAAUCCCAAGAACAUUAUUCCAGAAGCUGAAGUUUGGACACUAUGCAGAAUAUUCAAGAGGACUUCAAAUUACAAGAGAUUCACACCAGAUUGGAAGCAGCCCGUUAUUAAACAAAGUUUUGGUGAUGCAAGUUCUAAAGCAUGCAGUCUUCAAUCUGAAACAAGUGAUGAUCACUCUAUUAAUAUCAACUUCAAUAAGAUGGAGUUUCCACAUAAGAAAAAUAAUACAGCAACUGGAGGAAAUUAUCAAGUUGAUCAAAAAACCACACAUUACCAAAAUAGCCAACCAAUAAUUACCAUGCCUCAAUCUUCAAUCACAUCAUCAAACUCAAGCUUUUGGAAUACAAGUGCUGAAGAGGAGUAUUUGUUUAGUGAUGGAAACUGGGAUGAACUCAAAUCCGUCGUUGAUUUAGCUAUUGAUCCUCGUAGUCUUUUUGGAUUUAGAUAAACUGGACGAGGUCUGGGUGCAAAAAUUGGAGUGCUGAAACAGUGGUGAAUUCAGAAUUUAGAGUUAACGGGCUAUGUUAUUAAUUUAUGUUCUUAAUAUAGUCCGAGCUAGAUGCAGCGGGUUUGACAUGAUUCUAUUCUUUAUUAGAUGUGCUAUUUUCACACACAUAUAUAUAGUUCGAGCCAGAAGCAACGAGUUCUAAAUGAGUUGUUGGAUUGACAAAAAAGCAAGUACAUCUAUCUAUGCGUGAUGUAUUACUUGUUAUUGCCUGCUGUUCAACGACUUUGUUUAGUUGCGAUUGAAGUUAAAAGCAGAAUGCAGAUCAAGGAAGAUAUGCCCCAAUGAGAGAGCUUCAUUCUACCUUUUUUUUAAUCUUCACUUUCUUUUCCCACCCCUAUUUUUCUAGCUAGCUUUCUACAUUUUUAGUUUAUUAGGACUGAGAUCUAUCUUGUAAAGUACUAAUUUUCUGGACACUGCCUUCUUCUUGGUCUGAAUUUUAUAGAAUACUUUUUGUUUGGAAUACAAUAAGAUGGAGUA